AUGGCUAUGGAAGAAACUUCAGUAGCUGAAUAUUCCAGCUGCUGGAAGAGCCCCCAAGCACAUGCUCAAAUGUUGCAGCACUUUGUUGGUGUAGGAGAACUUGAAAGUGACUUUGACUAUCCUCUCUGGUUAUUCAUUCUGAAGGAAGUGAAGAAAGCAGGUGAAUGGCAUGACACCGGCCUGCACCCGGCUGCGCGGGGAGCUGCGCCCCUCAGAGCGGCGGCCCCUUUAAGGAGCGGUUCUCCAGCCGGACGAGCUAAGGCUCGCCGCACGGCAGCCAGCGCGGCGGGGCCCCGCCAUGCCAAGCGUCUCCGGGGCAGCCGGUUGGUCGUGGCCGGGGCUCUGUUCCGUGGGAGGUGGGGUGGGCGCGGGCUGGGGCCGGCAGGCGCAGGGCGCGGGCCGCCUGCGGCGGGUUGCUGGCCGGCUGCCGUGGUGCCGGUGGUGGCGGCGCGACUCUCUGCACCCGUCAGGGGCGCGCCCGCGCGAGGUGGCACGUACGGGCUGCCCGGGCUGGCGCAGCUGCGGAGCCGCGAGUCCUACGUGCUGUGCUACGACCCGCGGAGCCGCAGCGCCCUCUGGGUGCUCGAGCAGCUGCGCGGCGCGGCGCUGAGCGGCCCCUCCGACCGCGCCGCCUGCGACUUCCAGGAGGACGAGUCGGUGCACGAGUAUCACCGGGCCACCAACGCCGACUACCGGGGCAGCGGCUUCGACCGGGGCCACCUGGCGGCCGCCGCCAACCACAGGUGGAGCCAGAAGGCCAUGCAGGACACCUUCUACCUGAGCAACGUGGCGCCCCAGGUUCCUCAUUUGAACCAGAAAGCCUGGAAUAACCUGGAGAAAUACUGCAGGAGUUUAACAAAGUACAACAAGAAUGUAUAUGUCUGCACUGGCCCACUCUUCCUACCCAGGAUGGAGGCAGAUGGGAAGAUGUACAUCAAGUACCAGGUGAUUGGCAAGAACAAUGUGGCAGUCCCCACACACUUCUUCAAAGUACUCAUCCUAGAGAAGCUCAAUGGAGAGAUUGAGCUGCGCUCCUACGUGAUGCCCAACAGCCCGGUGGAGGAGACAAUCCCACUUGAACGUUUCCUGGUUCCUAUUGAGAGCAUUGAGCGGGCAUCAGGGCUGCUGUUUGUUCCUAACAUCUUGAAAAGAACAAAUCGUUUACAAGCCAUCACUCCUGGACGCAACAGCUGAACUCGCCCAGGUGAUUGAUGACAGAACACACUAUGGGGUGAAGGCAUCCAGUGGAAGGGACUUAA